UCCACUGUUCUUGCAGGCUGGCCGCAGCUACGUGGAGCGGUGGUGCGGGACGGACCAUGCGGGGCGUUUGGCUGACUUUGCUUCUGGCACUGCUGCUGGCUGUCUUCUGCGAGCUAGCCAUGACCCUGCAGUGCUAUACCUGUCAUGAGCCCGUGAGUGUGUCCAGCUGCACGUCGGUCAUCACCUGCAGAGCCAACGAGACCAUGUGCAAGACCACACUGUACUCUCUGGAGAUCGUGUUCCCUUUCGAGGGGGACUCCACCGUGACCAAGUCCUGCGCCAGCAAGUGUGAGCCCUCUGAUGUAGACGGCAUCGGCCAGACCCGGCCCGUGUCCUGCUGCAACACAGAUCUGUGCAACGUGGACGGAGCACCUGCCCUGGGUGGCCCCCACUAUCUGGCCCUCACCUUCAUGCUUGGCCCCCUCCUGAGCCUCGGUCUCUAGAGCCCCUGCUGAGGAAUGCUCCCCCACCUCGCCUAGAAUGCUCUGGAAGAAUUCACACCCACCCGAA